AUGUCGGUCUGGAACCCAGAUAACAUCCGCGAUGUUGCCGAGUCGGUGGGCAUCGUCAACCUCAACAACGAUGUGACCGAGAACCUUGCCCGUGACGUCGAAUACCGCAUCGCGCAGGUUCUGGAAGAAGCCCUCAAAUUCAUGCGCCACAGUCGACGAACGCUGCUCUCAACACAGGAUGUCGCACAGGCCUUGCGCGUGCUCGAUGUCGAGCCACUCUACGGAUAUGAAUCCACGAGGCCCCUGCGGUUCGGGGAGGCGUCGCUGGGACCUGGACAACCGCUGUUCUACGUGGAAGACGAGGAGGUGGACUUCGAAAAGCUGAUUAACGCGCCAUUACCCAGAGUCCCCCGAGAAAUCUCGUUCACAGCGCACUGGCUCGCCGUCGAAGGAGUGCAACCGUCCAUCCCUCAGAACCCUACCGCGGCCGACUCGAGAAACCUCGAAUUGAUGUCCAAAGGUCCUAACGCUAGCUCGACGCUCGCGGCUAUGAGUGGAGGGGGCAAUGUGGCCGUCAAACCGCUGGUCAAGCAUGUCUUGUCCAAGGAACUCCAGCUCUACUUCGAAAAAGUCUGCAACGCCUUCCUGGACGAUUCCAGCGAAGAGUAUCGCACAUCAGGCUAUGCUAGCCUACGAGAGGAUCCGGGACUGCACCAGCUGGUCCCAUACUUUGUUCAGUUCAUUUCCGAGAAGGUGACCCACGGCCUGAAGGAUAUCUUUGUCCUUACACAGGUCAUGCACAUGGCGGAGGCCCUCGUGCAGAACAAAUCACUAUAUGUUGACCCCUAUAUCCCAUCGCUUGUCCCACCCAUCCUCACCUGCCUGAUCGCCCGACAACUGGGCGGCAGCGCUGAACUGACCGAGCAGUUCGCCCUCCGUGAUCUUUCGGCGUCGCUCCUGGGUCUCAUUGCCAAGAAGUACUCGCAUUCCUCUCAUACGCUCAAGCCACGACUGGCUCGCUCAUGUCUGAAGACGUUUUUGGAUCCGUCCAAACCAUUUGGGGCGCAUUACGGCGCCAUCAUUGGACUUCAUGCGGUUGGCGGUGCCGAGGCGGUGCGGGUUCUGAUUCUGCCUAACCUGCCGACCUACGGGAACCUGUUGAAGGACGGAAUGGCGGAGGACAGCCCACGGCGACCGGAGGCCGAGAGAGUUCUCAUGGUUUUGAUGGGGGUUCUAGCAACGUUGCGGGAAGGACGCACGGCCCUCACCAACGGACACGGGGGCGUAGUCACGGAAGACCUGCGGGAGCGAUUGAGUGGGAAAGUGGGUGACUUUCUGGCGACGAAGAUCAAGGACGUGGGGGAGGUGGAAACCGCGCGGGCCAUUCUCGACGCUUGA